CACUUGUCAAAGCAGCAGCAAAAAAAAUGUUGGCUACUUGUUCUUCUUCAUGUUGUACAGCUACUUCACUUCAUCCGCUUACCAAUUACAAUGCCUCUGCAACUCCCUCUCUCAACCCAUCUUCUAUUUCUUUCUCUUCUUCUUACUCGUCUCUCACUCUUCGUCUCCAUGGCAAAACCCAUCUCAGGAUUAGCCCAAAACCCAAGGGAUUGAGGGUGAGUUGUUCGAAGAGUGAACAUUUGAAAGUGAUGAUAUCAGGUGCCCCAGCAUCAGGUAAAGGCACCCAGUGUGAGUUAAUUGUACAGAAGUUCGGGUUGGUGCAUAUAUCAACAGGGGAUCUUUUAAGAGCAGAAGUAUCAUCCGGAACUGAAAUUGGAAAUAAAGCGAAAGAAUUCAUGAAUAUUGGGCGCCUGGUUCCUGAUGAAAUUGUAACGGCUAUGGUUACAGCCAGAUUAUCACGUCCAGAUGCUAAAGAGAAAGGAUGGCUUCUUGAUGGAUUCCCAAGGAGUUUUGCCCAGGCACAAAGUUUGGAAGAAUUGAAAAUUAGACCUGAUAUCUACAUUGUAUUAGAUGUUCCUGAUGAAAUUCUAAUCGACAGAUGUGUUGGUAGAAGGCUAGACCCAGUGACUGGGAAAAUUUACCAUAUGAAACAUUUCCCUCCCAACUCAGAAGAAAUUAAAGCAAGACUGGUUACCCGUGCUGAUGACACAGAAGAGAAAGUGAAGUCACGACUAGAAAUAUACAACCAAAAUGCUGCAGCAAUCUCAUCUACUUACAAAAGCAUAAUGAACAAGAUUGAUGGAAGCCGUCCAAAAGAAGCAGUUUUCAAAGAUAUAGAUUCCUUGUUAUUAUCUCAACUGCAGAAGGAUAAAACAACAAAAUCAGUAAAGCCAGUGCUUCAAACCGAGAGCCGUUUAGAUCAGGCAUCUCCGAACCAGGAAAAAUGGAGAGGAAUUCCAACUAGAUUGAAUAAUAUUCCUCAUUCUAGAGAAAUCCGGAAUUAUUUCUAUGAUGAUGUGCUACAAGCCACACAGAGAGCUGUAAAUGAUGGAAGAACUCGAUUGAAGGUGGAGAUUAAUAUUCCAGAGCUGAAUCCAGAAAUGGAUGUUUACCGUAUAGGUACGUUAAUGGAGCUAGUUCGAGAAAUUGCUCUCUUGUUUGCUGAUGAUGGAAAACGUGUGAAGGUUUGUGUACAAGGCUCUAUGGGACAGGGUGCACUUGCAGGAAUGCCCCUACAACUUGCUGGUACCCGGAAGAUCUUGGAAUUCAUGGAUUGGGGUAAUUAUGGUGCUAUGGGAACAUUUAUCAAUAUUGGUUCAAUAGGUGCCAGGGAGGUUGGUGAAGAAGAUGAUAUGUUCAUCUUAGUGGCACCUCAAAAUGCCGUUGGUAAUUGCAUUAUAGAUGAUUUAAAAGCGAUGACCGAUGCUGCUGGAAAACGUCCGGUUAUACUCAUCAAUCCCAGACUCAAGGAUCUGCCUGGUUCAAGUGGCAUUAUGCAAACGAUGGGUCGAGAUAAGAGACUGGAGUAUGCAGCUUCCUUCGAGAGUUGCUACUUUUUCAGGCUUCUUUAUUAUGCCGGAACCCAAUAUCCAAUCAUGGGUGCAAUAAGGAUGACAUACCCGUAUGGUUACGAACUGUACAAGAGGGUGGACGAACCAUCAGGGAAGGAGAAGUAUGUUCCGUUGUCGACUUUUACAGAAAGGCCGACCAUCGAUGAGAUCAACGAUGCGUUCCUCAGAAAACCAAGAAACAAAGAUAAGAAAGCGUCCGGAUUUUGGGGCUUUCUGAGUGGUGUAUUUUGAGUACAGUUGAAGGGUGUUUAACCACAAAGCAAGGCAGACAUCAAAAGCCAAUUUGUAUAUUAAUAAGUACCAUAUUAAUGGC